AUGACUCAAAGUAACUUUGAAGAAAUGAAGAAGAGUCAAGACCUUGAAAGGAAGAACAAUGAAGCCUCAAGGAAAAUGCUUGAAACACAACUUGGGAAAUUAGCCAAGCAGUUGUCUGAACAGAACAAAGGGGGAUUCUCAGUUCCUAAAGUUCCUAAGAAGGAUAAUGAAAGGGUUGUAGAGGUAGAUGAAGAUAAUGAAGUUGAGGAAGUAGUUGAAAAAGAAACUGAACAUGUUGAAGUUGAAAAAGAGAGUGAUCAAGGUGUAGUUGAAAAUGAAAAGAAGAAAAAAACAGAGGGAGAAAAAAAUGAGAGGUUAAUAGAUGAAGACUCGAUCUUGAGAAAGUCUAAGAGCCAAAUUUUGAAGGAUGGGGAUAAACCACAAAUUAUCCCAUCUUAUGUGAAGCUUCCAUACCCUCAUCUUGCCAAAAAGAAGAAGAAGGAGGAAGAGCAAUUCAAAAAAAUCAUGCAACUCUUCUCACAACUUCAGGCGAAUAUUCCUUUUGGUGAAGCUCUCGAUCAAAUGCCGGUUUAUGCUAAAUUCAUGAAAGAAAUGUUAACGGGGAGAAGAAAGCCAAAAGAUGAUGAGAACAUCUCUCUUUCCGAGAAUUGUAGUGCUAUUCUCCAAAGGAAACUUCCUCCUCAGCUUAAAGAUCCUGGUGCUUUUACUAUUCCUUGUUCCAUUGGGCCGGUUGACAUUGGAAGAGCUUUAUGUGAUUUAGGGGCAAGCAUCAAUUUGAUGCCCCUUUCAAUGAUGAAGAAGAUUGGAGGUGGAGAGCCAAAACCUACAAGAAUGACCCUCACUUUAGCUGAUCGGUCAAUCUCCUAUCUGUUUGGUGUGCUUGAAGAUGUGCUAGUUAAAGUGAAUGAUAUAAUAUUUCCUGCUGACUUUGUAAUCUUGGAUAUGGCUGAAGAUGAAGAUAUGCCACUCAUUAUUUCCUUGCAAUAG